UUGGAUUUUAGGCGGCUUAAAAAUGUCAGGACAAGUUUGCGUUUUACAAUGCAACCAAUGCAAAAUGUACCAGGGAAGCUUGGUCAGGAAGGCAAAGAAAUGGGAUUGUAAAAUUUGUGGACAAAAACAAGAUCUUAUUACGGAGAUCUUUCGAGGAUCGGGGCCAGAAUGCCGGGCCAAGGUGCAGCAUCUGAAUUUAGAACGCGGAAAACGAGAGGAACAGCGAAAAAACACUUUAGUUCACACAGCCCAAGUCCAUUCCAAUCGAAUCCAAGAUGAGGAGACUUCUGAAACGAAAAACGUUCCCCAGGAAAAGAAAACCAACAAAUGGGCUAGCUAUGUAGAUGAACCUUUGGAGACUAAACCGAGAGGUUCUACAUUCACCCAAAACAUUCACCAAGAUGAGCACAUGGAUCUGGACAAUGGACUUUCCAUGAGCUUUGACAAAUCCCAAAGGAAAACCUCCCGAUCCUUGAAACGCUCGGCGGAAAGCGAACCCCUUGUGGUCAAAAGAAGCUCCAAAUGGGAUAGUUUUCUAUGAAAUCCAUAAGUUAAAUGAUCAUUAAUGUUAGUCUCUUUCUAUAUAUUUUAUUAAAAUCUUAUCCGCCCUCGUACAUAUACAUAAUUAUUUGUGUGAGAGGCGGGAGGACCAAUGUGUUGACAUCUAAA